CAGACAGUACCGUAGGCUCAGGAAGAUGACCAUCAAGGACAUUGUGGUCAAGCUUGCUACCUUCCUAUGGACAAUCCUCAUGGGCAUCCUCUAUUUCAUUUACAGUGUGUGUAAAGGUUUCUUCCUGCUCAUCUGGCAUACACUUUUUGGAGGUGGUUUAGUUGAAGGGGCCAAGAACAUCACCGUGACGGAGUUGCUGGCCAGCAUGCCGGAUCCCACGCAGGAUGAGGUGCAUGGAGACCUACCGGGAGAACCAAGGGGCAGAGAAGAGCAAGAUACAGGAGGGAUAACAGACUCAAUGGAAAUAGGAGGGGGAGAGGAGGAGGAUGAGGACAUCCAAGAAAAAGACGGUGGGAAGAUUCCUGGUAUCGAUACACCAGGUGGACUUGGAGAUAUGGGUGACACGACCCCUGUGGAACCGCCAACUCCAGAGGGCACUCCAUUACUGAAGAAGAAAAUGCAACCAGAAGAAGCAGGACCUGAACAACCUCCUGCUAUUGAAGAACCUCCUCCUGAGCCUGAGAAAGCAGACACUGAGAAUGGAGAGAAGGCUGAGAAGGAAGCAGAGGUCAAGCCUGAGGCCACACCAGAAGAAACAAAACCUGAGAAAGCCACUAAAGCCAAAAAGGAAAAGAAAUCCGUCAAGGGAGCAGGAUUUGAGCUCUGGAAUGAGUUGGAUGUUCAAAGAAAUAAAUUCAUGAACUGUUUGUCCCGUAACUUCUACAACCUUCGUUUCCUGGCUUUGUUCAUCGCCUUUGCCCUGAACUUCAUUCUUCUCUUCUACCAGGUAUCUGGUACUCCUCCGAUUAGUGAUGAGUUUGAUGGCUCAGGUAUGUUUGAAGGCUCUGGGCUGUUUGAAGGCCCUGGGGAAGACUUUGAGGGCUCUGCUGGAGAGGAUGGAGGUGAUGAUGAUGAUGAGGAAGGUCCUGUGUAUUUUUUCCUGGAAGAGAGUACCGGAUACAUGCAGCCCACUUUGUCCUGCCUGGCAAUUGUGCACACCAUCAUUGCUUUCUUAUCUAUCAUUGGAUACAACUGCCUCAAGAUUCCACUGGUUAUCUUUAAGAGAGAGAAAGAGCUGGCAAGAAAGCUGGAGUUCGAUGGGCUUUACAUCACUGAACAGCCGGAAGAUGAUGACAUCAAAGGCCAAUGGGACAGAUUGGUGCUAAACACACCCUCCUUUCCCACCAACUACUGGGACAAAUUUGUUAAGCGAAAGGUUCUGGAUAAAUACGGAGAUAUUUAUGGUCGUGAGAGAAUCGCAGAGCUGCUGGGUAUGGAUCUGGCAUCGCUGGAUGUCAGCAAACAACAGACAGACAAGAAA